AUGGCUGCACCAGAUGGUGAUGAGAGUGAGCUAUUGAAAGUUGAGGAUGGUUACAAAGCUCCAGAGAAAAAGACUAUUAAUGAAAUAGUAAAUAUGGAUGCUGAGGAUGAAAGCCUUAGACGGUAUAAAGAGAAUCUCCUUGUUCCCGAUGAUCCUCGCAUAUUUAUUCUGAAAAGUAUACGAAUUUGUAUUAAGAACGGGCCUACACAUGAGAUUAAUAUUGACCGUAAGUUGUUUUCUUUACUACAUUCCUAUAUCGCAUUUCCCCAAAUUAUUUGCGUUUUAGGUCUUGACAAUAUUCAAGCAAUUGAAAUGCCAGAAGGGGCUCAAUACCAUGUAGAAAUCGAUUUUUAUGUAAACCACGAAAUCGUUGCAGGGCUUCGCUAUGCUCAGAAAACAAGCAAGAGCGUCUUUAAAGCGGUCGACAAAGUUGUGCUGGGAAGUUACGGUCCCCGCGCAGAUUUUUACUCAUGGCGUUCGGGAGAUGAAGAAGUCCAGUCUGGAAUUAUGUUUCGCGGUUCCUACAAAGUCACCAGUGUUUUCACAGAUGAUGACAAACAUGAGCACCUAAAAUUCACAUGGGAGAUAAAGAUCGUCAAAGCAGACAAGUGA